AAAAAAACUGCAGCCUGCUGUGUGUAUUAUAUAUAGAUCCAAUGAACGGAAACAGUUUGAAGAAAUCAAGGUAAAUGAUGUGGUCAGUAAAUUAUAUCAAAAAUGUCCGUCAGUUGAUAUUCCUAUGAAAGCUGGAGACUUACCGAUGUUAUCACCGCCACUACCUUGGGUGAAAUUAUAUCAUGGUGGCCUUGUACUAUGUAAUGUGAAAUUAGUUAGAAGUUCGGAUGUAUACAAACAGCAAGAAAAUCGAAUAAAAGAUCUACCUGCUGGACAAAUUAAUCCAGUUCUUGAUUCACUCAAUUCACUAGCAUCUUGUGCCUGGAAGAUCAACAAACCAAUUUUGGAUAUAGCCAUUGGAAUGUUCAAUGAUAAAGGAAAUUCUAAAUUAGAAAUUCCUCCACCCCAAUCAGAGUUACCUAUCCCUAGCCGUACUAAGAGAUCCCCAGAUAUGACACAACAAGAACGAUCAGCUCAUUUUCAUGAACAAUCGAAUAUAGCUCGACUCAGGGCUGAAAAUUGGUCACUGAGAUCUUUUGAGUUAUAUCGUCUAUCUGUAGCCAAUAAGUAUCGAGACGAAAUAAUUUGGUUUCCUCAUAAUAUUGAUUUUAGAGGUCGAACGUACCCUAUAUCACCGUAUUUAAAUCAUUUAGGUUCUGAUAUUUCUCGGGGAAUGUUGAUGUUUGCUAAGGGGAGACCACUGGGCCCUGAUGGUUUAGACUGGUUGAAAAUUCAUCUCGUUAAUUUAAUUGGCUUAAGGAAAAGAAGUUCGAAUGCUGAACGGUUGAAAUUUGCGGAGACAUUGAUAGAAGAAAUUCAAGAUUCAGCUGACUAUCCCAUGACGGGUAAACUGUGGUGGCAAGAUCGUGAGGAACCAUGGCAAGUAUUGGCCUGCUGUAUGGAAAUAACCAAGGCUAUCCGUAGCCCAGAUCAUACCAAAUUUAUCUCACAUUUUCCAGUCCAUCAGGAUGGAUCAUGUAAUGGUCUACAACAUUACGCUGCUCUGGGACGUGACAGUAUAGGAGCUAAAUCUGUCAAUCUAUGCUCCUAUCCUGUACCCCAAGAUGUUUACAGUGAGGUUGUCGAUUUGGUGGAAAAGCUACGACAUGAUGAUGCAGAAAAAGGAAAUAAAAUCGCCAAAAUGUUGGAGGGAAAAGUUAUCAGGAAGGUAACAAGUCUUUUAGUAGUUGUAAAAAUAUGA